AUGGCUAUUGUAGUUAUGCAAUAUGCACAAAUAAAAAUUACAAAUUUUGAUAAAAAAUUUGUUAUUUCUGAUGAUCAAGUAAUUUUAAAUAAGAAUGAUUUUGCAAAAUUAAUUAAUAGAACAAAUCAAUUAGAAUUACAAAUUCAAACAAGUCAAGAUUUAAAUAUCUCAAAUAAUAAUAAUUUAACUUUUGAAAAUAAGCUUGAUUUACUUACAAAAGUUCUUUUUAAAGAGCAAAGAAAAUUAAAUCAUUCAAUAGAAUUAGAUCCUGUCAAAUUUUCAAAAUUAAUUACACAAUCUAAUUUUUAA